CGGCUCUGCGGGCUGAGGCCGGGCUGCAGGCUCAGGCCUGUCCGUGUUAGAGCUCUGCAUCUGGGGGACGAUGAUAACACGAAGGCCGACGGAAUAACGCGCUAGGGGUUCGUAACGCGGCAGGCAGCGCAGUGGGACAGCUUUAGAGAUGGGAGACAGUAUGUUGAGAACGACGAGAAAGUUCUUGAUGAGUGCCUUGAAGUCAUCAAGUUUCUGCAGCGAGCAUGCACAUUUCAGGAAGACAAAAAUGAAAGUCAAAAGUGUGACACAGCAAAACUGCAAUCUAAGAAAUUACAGUUCUUCACCAGGAGAUGUUAAGUCUCUGCAUUCUGUCAUAAAUCCUCAUAUAUCCAGGAUCCGAAACAUUGGCAUUAUGGCCCACAUCGAUGCAGGGAAAACUACAACAACAGAGAGGAUGCUGUAUUAUUCUGGAUACAUAAGAGCACUUGGAGAUGUUGAUGAUGGGGACACAGUGACAGAUUUUAUGGUACAGGAGCGAGAAAGAGGCAUUACCAUUCAGUCUGCUGCUGUUACAUUUGACUGGAAAGACCACAGAAUCAAUCUGAUUGACACCCCAGGUCAUGUGGACUUUACAGUGGAAGUUGAACGUUGCUUGAGAGUCCUAGAUGGAGCAGUAGCAGUUUUUGAUGCUUCAGCUGGUGUUGAGGCCCAAACUAUGACUGUGUGGAGACAAGCAGACAAACAUCAGAUACCACGAAUUUGCUUUUUGAACAAGAUGGACAAAAACAGGGCAAGUUUUACAUAUGCUGUUGAAAGUAUCCAACAAAAGUUGAAGACAAAACCUUUACUUCUACAGUUGCCCAUUGGAGAAGCUAAGACCUUCAGAGGACUGGUUGAUGUCGUGACUAAGGAGCAAAUAGUUUGGAAAUCUACUUUUGAUCUGGAUGAUGGAAAAAAUUUCAAGAAAAAGCCAUUGCUGGAGGCUGAUGAUCCCAAGCUCUUUCGAGAAGUUCAGGAUGCCAGAAAUACCUUAAUAGAACAAGUUGCAGAUCUGGAUGAUGAAUUUGCUGAAUUGGUUCUAGGAGAACAUAGUGAAGAUUUUGAGUUAAUACCAGUUGACAAGCUGCAGUCUGCUAUCCGCAGAAUCACACUGGCUCAAAAAGCAGUACCUGUGCUCUGUGGCAGUGCCCUGAAGAACAGAGGAGUGCAGCCAUUGAUGGAUGCUGUCAUUAUGUAUUUGCCUGCACCAAAUGAACGCUCAUAUGAGUUUCUACAGUGGUACAAGGAUGAUCUGUGUGCCUUGGCAUUUAAAGUUCUUCAUGAUAAAUGUCGUGGUCCACUAGUUUUCAUUCGCGUUUACUCAGGGUCUCUGAAACCUCAGUCAGCUGUAUAUAAUAUCAACAAAAGUUGCACGGAGAGAAUGAGCCGGCUGCUCCUGCCUUUUGCUGAUCAACAAAUUGAAAUACCAUCACUCAUGCCUGGCAACAUUGCCCUUACAGUUGGGUUAAAGCAGAGUGCCACUGGAGAUACCAUAGUAUCAUCAAAGGCUUCAGCAGUAGCUGCAGCACGCCGAGCUGGACGGGAUGCUGGAGGAGACAACAGGUCUAGCAGUGACAUAGAGAGCCUUCUGCUGGCAGGUGUUGAGAUACCUGACCCGGUCUUCUUCUGUACAAUUGAACCUCCUUCAAUGGCCAAACAACAAGACUUGGAUAAUGCAUUGAGCUGCCUUCAACGUGAAGAUCCAAGUUUAAAAGUGAAGCUAGAUCCUGACACAGGACAAACUAUUCUUUGUGGCAUGGGAGAACUACAUAUAGAGAUCAUUCACGACAGGAUCAAACGUGAAUAUGGAAUUGAAACUUAUUUAGGACCUCUUCAAAUAGCAUACAGAGAAACCGUCCUAAAUGCUGCUCAAGCUACAGAUAUAUUGGACAAAACAGUAGGAGAUAAAAGACACUUUGUAACUGUGGAAUUAGAGGUGAGGCCCAGUGAAGUGGAGAGAACAACCACAAAACCUAUCAUUGAGUAUGCUGCGAGUGUCACUGAAGUGCUACCCAAAGAGCUACAAGAGGCUGUAGAAAAUGGAAUCACAAAUUCAUGCGUUCAAGGACCCUUGCUUGGAUUCCCAGUUCAGAAUAUAGAUGUUACAGUGCAAUUGCUUACUGUGCACCCCAACACUUCUCACACGAUGGUAUCAGCUUGUGUCUCUCGUUGCAUGCAAAAGGCUUUGAAAAAAGCUGGUAUACAAGUACUGGAGCCCCUCAUGAACCUUGAAAUCACAGUAAGUGAAGAUCAUCUCAGUGCAGCACUCGCUGACCUUGCACAGCGGAGAGGUAGUAUUAAGGAAAUCCAGAGUCGCCAAGAUAACAGAGUUGUGGUUGCUACAGUUCCCUUAGCAGAAACUAUGGGCUACUCUACAGUUUUGCGUUCUCUAACAUCAGGCUCAGCAACCUUCACUUUGGAGCUUGCCACUUACCAAGCCCUGAACAGUCAAGAGCAAAAUGUACUUCUUCAGAGAAGAAUGGGGUUGGUGUGAUAACCUUACUCUGUAGAAUAAUAAAGAUGUUUCUGUCCUCCUUGUUAAAUGUUCUCAGGAGCCUACUCAUGAACACCAGUAUGUUUUUCUUGGACCAACUGGUUAUGGUGAAUGGUGAUUUAGCAGCUGCAUGAGCAAACUGUGCUUUUAACUGUCCAAAUGAAGGGUCAACUUCUGGCACAGUCGUGUAGUUGCAAAGCAGGGGAACUGGAGAUGCAACUGUAGUUUCAUGCUUUGCAAUUCUUCUCUUACGUAGGUGUCUGUAAUGAGAAGUGAUAUAAAUAAGCAGUAAAUGCACCUUAAUGUGCCAUUAGAACAAUUUCUUUAGGGCAUAAAGUUUAUGAAGUAACUUUACAGUCCUAAGUCUGUAUCUUAACUUUGUUUUCAGAUUAAUAAUAUGGUUAAUAAGCAUUACUCUACAACUGCAAAUAUUACUUCCUGUAUCAUUAGAAACUAAUUUGAACCAGAGUUAAAAACUAGGUAUAUUUUUGGAGUUUGCUUUUCAGGAAGUAACAGGAUUGGAUGCUUCUGCAAAUUGAGUUAAGAUAUAAAAAAAACCCAACAAAACAACAACAGCAACAAAAACUCCAGAAAACAAAACAAGAAAGUUGGAGUAUGGUGAGGGGGAUUUUUUUUGACCUUUAAGAAUGAGUGGUUUAAACUAAUUGUUCUAAUUUUGCAUUGAUUUACAACUCCAUUCUGAGUGGCAGUUUAUCUGUUUACACAAUAAAGUGGCAAAUAAGAUACUCAGAAAUAAA